ACCAUGAAAGGACAAACCUGGAUGUUAUUUUUUUUUGUUGGGAGGAGGAGGGGGGGGGGAAUCGUUACUAUUUAUCUUAACGGGAUCUCAUAUUAAACAUAUCUAAGUAGGAUAAUAUACGCACAGGAUAGUGAAUACAGAAUUGUAUCCAAAUCUUCGCAAACGUGACAUCAAGAAAAAUAAAAGGAACCGCAUAUAAACGCGGUCCGAGUUAGUUAGCUGACUGUGGCUCGCCUGUUAAAUCACAAGAACCACGAAAAACCCGGGAGACACCGAGGUUGAACAACAAGUAGUAAUGUUGCCCUUUAAACUUUAACUUCAACUACGGAUGAUAAAUACAUCGAGGAUUUGGAAACACAGUGGGAUAAUCGACUUAAAAAAAAAUAUAUAUUUAUUUUUUCCAAGAAGAAGCGCAAACAACCUACAAGACAUUUGAAAUGUUGGGGAAACCGGGACUGGUUCUCCGCUGUCGGAGCCUCUCCGUUUACCGAGACGGGACACAUUCGGUUCAGUGGAGCCUCGGGGGUUUCUUUUUCCUGCUGUUUCUGGAAGGGACCGUGUGUCUCGCCAACCCCAGCACUAGUGUCCCUACUCUGGACAUCAACAACCACCCCAGUGUCAACGUCUACAUGAGUGAGGAGGAGGUCAACAAGCUUUUGGGUCUAGAUGCAGAGCUGUACUACGUGAGGGAUGACGUGGUAAACCACUAUGCUCUCUCCUUCAUCCUGCCUGUACCCAGCGAGACCAACAGCCUGCACUUCACCUGGCGCUCCAAGGAUAAGGUUGAUUACCUGAUGGGUUUCCAUGUGGACAACCCUGCAGCUAUGAACCAACCACAGAGCAACAUCUCUACCCAGGGGGAGGUGCCUCGCACAGCCUCAGUGUUCAGAGUGGACCUGUUCUGCUCAGGAAAGGUGGAUGGGGAAGUGGUCCUGACGGUACAACUCAACCUCACCAUCCAUUCCAACAACUUCACAGUGCUCAACUUCAAGAGGAGGAAAAUAUGUCCCAAACGAAUAGAUCCUGAUCUGAAGAUCCCUCCCGUCUCCAACAAUAAGACCGUUCAGCGGCCAGAGAAUGGAGUGUCCAUUCCUACCACCUCCACCAGGGUGUUUUAUAUCAGUGUUGGGGUGUGCUGUGCUGUCAUCUUCCUGGUGGCCAUUGUUCUGGCUGUCAUGCAUCUACACAGCAUAAAGAGAGUGGAGCUGGACGACAGUGUUUCAGACAGUGGCAGUUCCCAGGGCCUGUCCCAGCCGUCCACCCAGACCACCCAGUACCUGAGAGCUGACACACCCAACAACGCCAGUGCUGUCACCAACCAUCACCCUGGCACUGCACCCAUUCUCCAGCUUGCUGCCGCCACCUUCCCAAACCCUGGUGCCCCCAUCCAUGAAACCAGAAGCUACCCGUCACUGCGUAUUGAGAAGAACGACCUGAGAAGUGUUAGUCUGCUGGAAGCCAAAGCCAAGGUCAAAGACAUCUCCAUCUCCAGACUGAGAGUCACUCUACGGGACGUCCUGCACGAAGGAACGUUUGGCCGCAUUUUCCAUGGUGUUCUGUUGGACGAGAAGGACCCGGCCAAGGAGAAGCAGUGCUUUGUGAAGACUGUAAAAGACCAUGCAUCUGAGGUGCAGGUGACCAUGAUGCUUACGGAGAGUUGUAAACUACGAGGACUUCAUCACAGGAACCUGCUCCCCAUCUGUCAUGUGUGUACAGAGGAAGGAGAGAAGCCUAUGGUACUCCUGCCCUAUAUGGACUGGGGUAACCUCAAACUGUUCCUGAGACAGUGCAAGCUGGCCGAGGCCAACAACCCACAGGUGAGCCCCGAACCCUGGCUCCGGCCUACUGUCAUCCUACCGUCGUCCUGUCAUCGUACUGCCGUCGUCCUGCCGUAGUAUCCCACCAUUGUCCUACCAUUGUACUACAGUCAUCCCACCAUUGUCCUACCAUUGUACUACAGUCAUCCCACCAUUGUCCUACCAUUGUACUACAGUCAUCCCACGAUUGUCCUACCAUUGUACUACAGUCAUCCCACCAUUGUCCUACCAUUGUACUACAGUCAUCCCACCAUUG